UGCUACCCAGACCCCUCGCGCGCGCCCCGGCACCCCGUCGCCCACUUCGCCCACCCCUUCGGCCAGCCCUGGGCCGGGUAAGAAUGCCGGAAAGAUGGCGCUAGCGGCAGUGGCUACGACCGGGGCCGGCGGGGCAGGAGGCGGCCGCGCGCAGCGGAGCGGGCUGCUGGAAGUUUUGGUGCGCGAUCGCUGGCACAAAGUUCUGGUGAACUUGAGCGACGACGCCCUGCUUCUCAGCUGCGACGAGGCUGCCGCGGCGUACAACGGCAUCGCCACGACGGCCACCAACGGCUCGCUGGGCAGAGGAGCUGGAGGUGGAGGCGGCGGCGGCCCGGGGCAGCCCCCCGACUCGCCCGCCGCCGGGGUCCGCAGCGCCUUCGCCGACCUGGCCGAGCAGGUGCCCGAGUCCAUCUCCAACCAGAAGCGGGGCGUGAAGGUGCUCAAGCAGGAGCUGGGCGGCCUGGGCAUCAGCAUCAAGGGGGGCAAGGAGAACAAGAUGCCCAUCCUUAUCAGCAAGAUCUUCAAGGGGCUGGCGGCCGACCAGACCCAGGCCCUGUAUGUGGGCGACGCCAUCCUGUCCGUGAACGGGGCCGACCUGCGCGACGCCACCCACGACGAGGCGGUGCAGGCGCUGAAGCGCGCGGGCAAGGAAGUGCUGCUGGAAGUGAAGUACAUGCGAGAAGCCACACCCUAUGUGAAAAAAGGCUCCCCAGUGUCCGAGAUUGGGUGGGAAACUCCUCCACCUGAGUCACCUCGGUUAGGGGCCAGCUCCUCGGAUCCCCUGUCUACACAGUCCUUCUCCUUCCAUAGAGACCGGAAAAACAUCCCCCUCAAGAUGUGCUUCGUAACAAGGAGUCUGGCCUUGGCUGACCCUGAGAACAGGCAGCUUGAAAUCCACUCUCCAGAUGCAAAACACACGUUGAUCUUACGGAGCAAGGACUCAGCUACUGCUCAAGCCUGGUUCAGCGCCAUCUAUUCCAAUGUCAGUGAGCUGCUGACUCGUGUGAUAGCUGAAGUCCGAGAGCAGAUGGGAAAAACAGGCAUUGCCGGGAGCCGAGAUAUCAAACAUCUUGGCUGGCUCGCAGAAAAGGUUUCUGGGGAGAAUGAAAAACAGUGGAAGCCAACCCUGCUCGUACUGACUGAGAAGGAUCUUUUAAUCUAUGACAGCAUGCCACGGAGGAAGGAAGCAUGGUUCAGUCCCUUGCACACGUAUCCUCUUCUUGCCACCAGGUUGGUGCAUUCUGGACCAGGGAAAGGAUCCCCUCAGGUUGGCGUGGAUUUGUCCUUCGCUACACGCACUGGGACUAGGCAGGGCAUCGAAACCCAUCUCUUCAGGGCUGAGAUCAGCAGAGACCUCUCACAUUGGACCAGAAGCAUUGUCCAGGGCUGCCACAACUCAGCUGAGCUGGUUACAGAAAUUACCACAGCUUGUACCUACAAGAACCAGGAAUGCCGUUUGACAAUCCACUAUGAGAAUGGCUUUUCUAUCAGCACUGAGCCCCAGGAAGGUGUUUUCCCCAAGACUAUCCUCCAAUCUCCUUAUGAAAAGCUGAAAAUGUCCUCAGAUGAUGGGAUCAGAAUGCUGUAUUUAGAUUUUGGAGGCAAAGAUGGAGAGAUUCAACUGGACCUUCAUUCCUGCCCCAAGCCAAUUGUUUUCAUCAUUCAUUCUUUCCUGUCAGCUAAGAUAACAAGACUGGGCCUGGUGGCCUGAACAGAGGACUGUACUCCGAUGAGAAAAGGAGGAGUGCACCAUUGGGCUUCACUUUCAGUGAGCAUUGCUCCAAAUAUAGCACGCCACUGUCUAUGUCAGAUCCUGAGUCUUGGGUAACUAUCUCAGACGCCUCUGUCAACUUCACCAACAACAAAGAGGAACCCUUAGAAAGUGCAACAAAGACUACAUCAGAACAAAAUUCUUUUUAAAAUCCUGAAAGGGCAAAGAGGUGAAGGUGAUUGAAAGUACACAGCAUAGCUUUUAAGUAUCGACAAUCAAGGACAGCAGCAUUAGAACAGCAUGGGUAAAUCUUAAUCUGUUUCUAAGCAACUGGUUGACCUUGGUAAACAAGGGCUGAAUAGAUGAGAAAUGGACAUUUUCACUUCUCCCAGAGCAUCCCAGUAUGAGCUCUCUAUUGUGAUUUAGUUCCUACUUAUAAUUGCAUUGAUUCUUACUGAUAAGGAAAGAAAAAUACUUCACAUGGAAACCUACCUUUUAUUUAAGUAGGGAGCUGUAACUUUUUUCUUAAUGAAUUAUCUUCCAGUGAUGUAGGAUGAUUCUGAAGUGUCUUCGUUAGCAUAGGCUAAGCAGGAAUUAAAUGCAGCAGCAGUUAUGACUGAGCUGUAAAUUGGUAGAAUCUGAGCCAAAGACUGCUUACAUUGCCAAGCUUCACUGAAGAGUGGUGUGCAUGGAAUACGAUUAAUUCCAGACCAUGCUCACAACAAUGUCUGCUAUCUUGGAGCCAAGAUUCAGAACUUUAUAUGGAAGGCAAAUGAUACAUUUUUAAGAGAUUGUUAUAUAUAUAAGUGACUCAAAUGGGGUUAACUAGGCCCUUUUUGUGGUUUUCAAUGGAGUU